AUGUGCUCAAUUAUUUACGGGAAUCAGUGGCUGAAGCUGAACGUCGAAAACAACCUGGUCCGUGACCUUCCAGCUGCAAUUCAACGAAGGACGGGUCUACAUCCGACGGAAUACUAUUUCACCCAGAAUGGACGUCGCAUUCAGUCGGAUCUCAACAGCGUGCGCUCUGAUGUACCGCUGCGCAUUUGCGAAAGGCUGCCUGGUGGCAAGGGCGGGUUUGGUUCGAUGUUACGCGCCAUCGGGGCACAGAUCGAGAAAACCACCAACCGCGAGGCAUGCCGCGAUCUAAGUGGACGCCGACUGCGUGACAUCAACGAGGAAAAACGCUUGAAAGCGUACCUGGAAAAGCAACAGGAAGCGGACGAAGACGAGCGCGUGAAGGCGGAGAGGAAAAUCGCCAAGCUGCUCGCUAAACCCAAGCAUGAGUUCGAGGACAAGGAGUACGAGCACACGCGCAGUGAGCUGGUCGUAUUGGCGGACGAAGCCAUCCAGGAGGGAUUGCAGAAGGCGAUUGCAGGCGAGGAGCAGCGUGUGAAUGCCACGGCCAGUGCGAAACCGGGUGCUUCAAAGCGGAAGCAACCUGAGACUAGCACCGGUAAUGCAAAACGGAAUAAGAAAUCGAAUCUCUGGCUGGGUUCGGAUGAUCUGAGCUCUUCCACUGAGACGGACGAUGAUUCAAGCCAGGAAGACGACAAAAGCAGUGAUAGCGGAUUGGCCGUCGCCACGAAGGGUAAUGAACAGCUGAAAGCGCAAAUCAAGAGCUAGGGUACAAUAUUUUAUU